AGAGAGAGAUAGUCUAGUCAGAGUUUACCGAGCUGUGAGCCGAGACGGUCGCGUUGCGAGAGUGAGUGUUGUGUAGUGAAGUGUAUGUGAGUGUGGGGCUAGCAGUCAGAAACAUGUGAUCCAUCUGAGGCGAGGCCCUCCUCCUCCGUAUAUGAUAAAGUUUCCACUCGGGCUUUCCCUGUAGUCAACAUGCCUCGGAGGAAGGGCCAUGGAAUCCCCCCGACGAAACGUGUGAAACCAGAAGCCAUAUCCAGAUCCGCUCCGCUCAAAAACAAGUUGUAUAAUGAUAUUCCCCCUAUUUCUGUGAAAGAAGAGGCAAUCCAGAUGACGGUGAACACAGUACCAAUCAAGUCAGAGCCACCUUCCAUCAUCAGCGAUGCGCUGCACAGCAAGUACUUGCAUAAGAAGUUCAAGAAGAUGGCAAGUACUCUGCUGCCUGAGGAGUCUAACAAUCUGCUCAACGGGAGUCGUGCCAAGAGAGUGCCAGAGGUGACGUCCAGUGACAGUGAGAAAGUCCCUUCUCCACCCGCUGGCCGCUACGUCUGCUCCUACUGCAAGCUGGCCUGCGCCAAGCCCAGUGUCCUUCAGAAACAUAUCCGAGCUCAUACCAACGAACGACCUUAUCCCUGUUUGCCUUGCGGUUUCGCUUUUAAAACUAAGAGUAACUUGUACAAACACUGCCGCUCAAGAGCGCACGCUUGUAAGUUAGAGGAGAGCGGAGAGAAGGUGCCGGUCAUGUGUGACGGGGAAGACGGGAUCACCUCGGAGGAAGACGAUAGUUCAAAUAUUUCAAAUGCGGCAUCAGUAAAUUCUAGAGUGGACACUGAUCCGGAAAGUAAGGAAGAAGUGCCCAAAUCUAUUUAUAAACCGAAAUAUAGGUUUAUGGAGAGGCCGUUGAAGUCGCCAAACGACCUGGAGAAAUUUGAUGAGAAGAAAGAAAAUACAGGAUCCCCUCCUCGUCUGCAUUUAAAGAUCCCCACCCCAAACACUGUGGUACCCGCUUCCACUCCUUCUCCUUUCACAAGCGGUUCGUCUCCUAGUCCAGAAUUUCUUCAUCGUCAUAUCAGUAAACUUAUAAGUGAAAAUCAAGCCAUUGUAGAAACCAAUGAUCCCUUUUGGACAAAAAAGUAUCUACAGAGAUCAAAUAGUAACGAUAGCAAUUCUGUUAUGAGCCCAAUUCCUUUGUCACUCACUCCUUGUGAUACUAACAUGAAGAAGGCCAUGAGGCAUGUAGUCGUUGAAAGUACAGAAGACGUUUGUGGUGAUAAAACUACGACGAAACACUCAAAAUUAGCUUUAGCUUUGCUCAGACCCCAGUCAGCGAUCUCACCUUUGAAGUAUUCUAAUGUUCCAACAGCUGAUAUCUGUGAUGCUCAACCGUUGAAUCUAACAACAACCAACAAAGAGAGCGCUUCCCACCAAAGAGCUCAAGAUCAGAAUAACCGCAAGAGGAGUUUUUCCGAAGAUAUAUCUGAAAAAUCAACUAAACCUCUUCGAGAAAAAAUUAUUGCCACUCCGCUCAAAUUGAAUAAUCAUUCUUCAAAAGACUACCUAAGAUUAACUUCGAGUCUAACUGAAGCGGCAGAUGCUAUGUUGUUAAAUCAUUUAGAUAUAAAAAAAGAAUUUAUUGGGAAUCCCCAAAAUCCUGAGGGUUCUAUUAUAAAAGACUUACUCUUAAAGGCGAGGGCGAGUGGUGCUACAAUCAGUUCUUCUGUCGGUCAACCUUUAGGAACUUCAGUAGUAGAUGUAAAACCUUCCUUGUCACUUACUCCACCUGUCUCUGAUGAAAGAGCUUAUUCACCUUCUAGUCAAUUUUUGUGCCAUUUAUGCAAGGAUCCCAUCGCUUAUCGUAGUGCCGAGCACCUAGAAAUGCAUCAACUAUAUCAUUGUAAAGGUAACGAAGCAUCAUCCAGAUUGUCUCACAAUAGUCCGUCUCCUCAUAGAGACUCUCAUGGCAUGAACUCUCCAUCUUACAGAAAAAACAAAGACGGACCAAUGCUGAUCACGCCGUCUCAACCAUCCCCAGGACCUUUACUGGGUAGCACACCUCUGGUCGACAGCUAUCGCACGAAGAGUCCCCUGUCUUCUGAAACAAGCCCUACACUGCUGAAGAAAAGAAGAUUUGAACCCGGCACUCCAGAAACCAGGGUCAUAUCAGCCACCACUCUGAGAUCAUUGGAAGAGCUUUCCAAGUGCCCGAUGCGUUCAAAUUUACAAAUGUUUGGUGGAGAAGUGAAGAUAUUAGAUAGUCCAGGAGGCGAAGCAAAAACCAUAAGAAUUGAACCGACAAAUAGAGGUCCCUCCAAGCCAUCAGAUAUCCCAUUACAAAUAUCAUCUCACCUAGGGAAAAAUUUUAUAAAAGAGGAAAACGAUCCGGAUAACAACGUGGUGGUGACGAUUGCCAAGCAAGGACUGCAUUCUGGUGGGUCGAUUGUGCAAGUACCCCACAAGACAGAAGAACAGCUGUCUCCUCGUCAAGCUCCUACCUCUAGAAGUGUCAUCUCCUCUUCUGCUGCCCAAGUGCAAGGGUUCCAAGAACAGAACAAGCUGGUGAUACCGGCUAUCCCCAAAGGCAUAACUCCUCCUGUUCAACUCCCGUACAUCCCCUUCACCUCCAUCCUGCCGGAGUCAGCUGUUAUCAAUCCUCUGACCAACAUAACUGCCUACAACCCUCUCACCCUCCCUACAGCCAACCUUCUUCCGCCCAGCUCUCCUGGUGUUGGAAUUCCAAGCCAAUAUUCUAGUGGGAUCGUCACAAUAUUGCAUGGAGGAAAAGAAAUCCCUUAUGUUCCAGGAAUGCCGGGACCUCACAGUCUCUUGCCAAAUCCUAAUGUGCCAGUUUACUCUCCUAAAUUAGAAUCAGAUAAAAAAUACCCCAGAAUGUCAGAAUCAAAAUCCAGUAGCCAACAGGAACAGUUUUCAAAAAUCCCAAAAACUGAAAAAGCUCAAGGGGUGACUAAACCAUCAUUGUUGAAUAUUCCUAAGAUUCAAGUGAACAAUGAGACCAUGGACAGUCCAGUUGACCAAAGCACUGCUACCAACAUCCGUAAGAGAUCACUGGAUGAAAAUCAUUCACCUGGUUCCAGUGCACCCAAACGCCCUCAAAUGUCUCAUCCAGAGGAUGAAAAUGAAUCUAGUCCAGAGAAGAAGUUCCUGCGGCCGACCUCAUUGCCACUUAAACCCGGGACAUUUGUACCAAAGCGACAUCCCCUGGGUACGCCGGUGUUGUCACUGGUUAGCCCGGAGACGCCUCGGCCGAGGAAGUCGUACGGACAGUUGUACCUCAACGGCCACGCGUACACCUACCUGGGCCUCAAAUGUUCCACACGGAUGUUCUUCUGUACCCUCAACAAGCCGCAGCCCAUCUACGUCCCUCUGACUCCGGAACAUAACAAAGUCUCUAUGUACUCUAACUGGAAGGUGUGUUCAGAUGCUGAUCCUAACCCCUUCGGACUGGACCCUGGUGGUGUGAUGGCGCUGUAUGACUCUCGGCACCGACCUGCGACCUACACCCUGGCGCAGUCACAGCCCGGCGAAGUGGUCACUCACUCCAGUUACUGGCUGGCUAGUCAACAACCAACUGAUAAAGAAGAAUCCUCUGAAGCUGUGCCAAAAAGAGUGAAGAUAUUUGCUGGAGGUUUUGAGUCAAAUGAGGAUUACAUCUAUGUACGAGGCAGAGGUCGAGGAAGAUAUGUGUGUGAAGAAUGUGGAAUUAGGUGUAAGAAACCUUCAAUGCUCAAAAAGCACAUAAGGACACACACAGACGUCCGGCCAUUCACUUGCGUCCACUGCAAAUUCAGUUUUAAAACCAAAGGAAACCUGACGAAACACAUGAAGUCGAAAGCUCACUACAAGAAGUGUGUGGACCUUGGUAUUUCGCCAGUUCCUACCUCGGUAGACGACUCAUGCGUGAACGAGGUUGCUCUGGCAAGACAGCAAGCUCUCCGGGAAAGUCAAGGUGGCAACCCUGAGGAGUCUGAAGAAGAAGAGGAGGAGGAAGAAGAAGAUGACACAGAUGAUGACAAUGAGGAUGAUGAAGACGAGGGGGAAGGAGAGGGGGAUGAGUGUGUAGAGAGGGAAGCAGCUCGCUCGCUCCUCACACUCAGUGAGACACUGCAGUCAGUAGCUCAGCGGCAGCAGGUCAGCGCAGGUCUAGUCCCAGUGAGUGGACGACCCUGCACUUACCCCUACAGCUACUCCCAGGUGCCCACCCAGCCACAGACACCUACACUUACUGCCAUCAGUGCCCAGCGAGAGAGGGAGAAGGUCUCCCAGAAUACAGGUCUGGCCAGGGUCCAAGCCAAGGGAGCAGUGGAGGAGCCCACGGGCAAUGUAGGGGAGAAGGGUGUGGCUGCUAGGUACUACUUCCCUUCAAGCAGAGACUCAGGGGACUCUGAACCAGAGCCUACAGUGUCCAAGCAGUCCACACCGAUCGACCUUAGCAGCAAACCCACCGAAAAGAACACGCGAGCGUGUGAUGCGGCCAUGUUGUUAGCUUCUCUGUGUUCCACCAUGGAGCGGUUGCCCAUAACCACAACCACAGCUGCAGUCAGUGAAGACUCUACAUUGCUUCAAGCCUACCUUACUGAGAGAGCUGUGCAGGAUACACGGAUGAAACAACACCAAUACAAACACAAACCUGUGCCAAUAGAGGUCCCUCACACUAACCACAACAUAUCCGUGGCCAAGGAGAACGCUCUGGGAAUACUGGCUCAAACAACAUCUGACGCAAGGAAGACGCUUGCUAAUGAGUCUCCCGUGACAUCAGCGUCUUCCAACAAACCUCAGGCUGAGUUCCUACCUCCUUCUAGUGGACCUUCCCCCAGCUACGUCAGCAUUCUGGAGGACGGCCGCAGCAUGUGUAAUAUUUGUAACAAGGUGUUCUCCAAGCCGAGCCAGCUGAGGCUUCACGUCAACAUCCACUACUUUGAGCGGCCGUUCCGUUGUGAAGCCUGCGCGGUCAGCUUCCGCACUAAAGGUCAUCUGCAGAAACACCAGCGAAGCCUCUCUCACCUCAACAAGGUCAGCAUGAACUCGACGUUUGGAACAGCCACGACUGCGAACCCUCGUCCAUUCAAGUGUGAUGAUUGCAAGAUUGCGUUCCGCAUCCACGGACACCUUGCCAAGCACUUACGCUCCAAGAUGCAUAUCAUGAAACUCGAAUGUCUUGGCAAACUUCCGUUUGGAACGUACGCUGAAAUGGAACGGUCUGGGGUCAAUAUGAACGACAUUGACACCACUGACUGUGACAACUCCUUGGAGAGUUUGCAGCUCCUGGCUCAAAAGUUGUAUGAGAAGGACCCAUCUAAGCUGGGACAGUGGGAUCCCAACGAGAUGAUGCCUCAACAUAUGAUGAGUUCUGGGGACACUUCUUCUGAGGGUGAGGAGGACCCAACCCCUCGUGGCCCCUUCAAAUGUGUCGUCAACAUCCGCAACACUCCCGUCAACCUCAACAUGAAGGGUCCAAGACACAAAGGGUCUGGCGAUGCAGACGACACAACGGACAAUGUAGAUACGAGGACAGAAGACUCGGGCCAGUCAUGAUUGUAAAUACAUGUAAAUACGCACAGUGUAAAUAAAUACGAGUGGUAGUUUGACUGGGCCCAAUUGUAAAUGUAGUGUGAUUCAAUGUACAAAUUCGUUUUAAUAUUUCAUUGUGAUUCCUGUCCGAUUUGUGACCUAGAAUUUUGUAAAAUCCUGAUAAAUUUUACUGCCUAUUUUUGGAUUGUUUUUAAAUUGUUAACCCAAAUGGUAUUUUGUAAUACUGUUAUAGUUUGAACUAUCGGUACUGUUUGUGGUCGAUACUGUGUAAAUGUUGAAAACUGUCAUCGUAAUACGUAAUAGAUGGUACAAAAUGUUGGACUUUAUAAUAACGAAACUCCAUUCUCAACAUGGAAGACUUUGCAAUUGUUGUUCAUUUAUUUUUAUCUGUCUGUCAAAAAGAUUAUACUUAUCACAAUCUA